ACCUAACUGAGAACGUCUUGGAAAAAAGACUAAGUAUUUUCAAACUAGCUUUUCUGUUUCCGCCAGUGCGCAUGCGCUAUUAUUUCUGUCAAUUAUGCAUAAAAUUAUUAGGUCACGCCCUAUUCCAAUGUUGAACUCCCAAGAUGUUCUUUGCGUUCGGUUCGUCAGAAUGGGACAAUAUGCGGCAUGUAUGCUGCUGUGCGGUACACAACGGCAUGGCUGUGGACCAUUGAUCGUUAAUAACCCAGCUGGAUUCGAACCCGGGUCUGCAGCGGUGGAAGGCGAAGAAAGCACCACUACACCUAACUGAGAACGUCUUGGAAAAAAGACUAAUUAUUAUGAUCUUAUGAUUUUCUCUGCAUAUUGAUCUGUAUUGUUAUGUGGUAAAUAAAGUAAGAUCGAUUGAUUGAUUGAUUGAUAUCGUCUUUGUGGCAAGACUAACAAUUACUUAGCCGCCAUAUAUUGACCGUUGCCGUUGUUGUCAAAUUGAUCAAGGUUAUAGAGGCUCAGUAUUGCGCUGUCAUUAUUACUCUAUCGUUCGAGAUCAUUAGGUUGCUAUGCCAACCUAAUAGUAAAUCGGCUAUUAGGGGCUACAAAAGGGGCUGCAAAAGGGUGAAUCUGCCAAGCCUGGCACUGUGGUGAAAAUGGCGGCAAGGCGGUACGUCGUGCUCCUUUGGCUGGUAUCUGCGGUGGUGCCCUCGUCCUCUUUUGAUCAAGUGCCUGGGUGCUACGUCAAGCCCUGCAUACCAGGAUGGGUCCUGUACAGAGAUCAAUGCUAUAGGGUUACACCUCAGAAGCUGCCGUUCAAUGAAGCUGAGACCUACUGCCAAGGAUUCGCCAACCGCAACGGCAAGGCUCAUUUGGCGUCGGUGCACGACGAGCAAGAAAACGACUUCAUCGUUGAGCUGGCUUCAUCUGCAGGAAUAGCGGGGAAAGACGGAUGGGUCUGGAUUGGCCUGACUGAUCAGAUUGUAGAAGGUUCAUUCGCGUGGACAGACGGGACUGCCCUUUCCUACGUUAACUGGCUUCCCGGCGCACCGAGUGAUGGAGAUUACACCGCAGUGCGGCCAAUGGACAAACAGUGGAACGACGGUUACGGAAAUAAACGUGCCAUGUGUAAAAUGCCAUCCUUUGAUUUUAAAGGUCGAGUGCUCAAGGCUUGCAUUGGCUAAAGCCGAUGACUUGUACACUGUUAACAAAUUGUGCUUAGAAUUUAAACACUUUUGGUACCCACUUGUUCACAUGUAAUAUUCCAAGACAUGUUAAGGAGCUUUGCACAAAAGUAUCUGAAAGCAUGUUACAGUGUUAGUGCCAUUAAUAAUAUCUUAUAUUCAAGUUAUAUAUUUUAAAAUUCGGUGUUUUUCUGAGAAGGUUGCAGAAAAGAGCGAUAGAAAUGCAUGUAUUCAGUCUGUCAC